AGUUUAUCCUUUUGUAGUAAAAGCCAUCCUCAUAAUGACGUCCCUUUCAAAAAAACAGCUCUUCAACCAAUUCCUUUCAUCUCUACUCAUCUUCCUCCUUGUGGCCAUCAUCCCUGAUUUGGUUUGUUCAUCCACUGCUUCCGUAACUUCUCCUUUUACUUACACUAACAGUAAGGUUAAGAUAACAGAGGAAAGAAAGGAAGCAAAGGCUCUUCUAAACUGGAAAAUUAGCCUUCACAUCAAAAGCCAGUCUCUCUUGUCCUCUUGGACUGGAACCACUCCUUGCAAUUGGGUUGGAAUAAAUUGCGACAAGUCUGGAAGUGUCACCCAUCUACACCUUUCAGGUUACGGUUUGAGAGGUACGCUUCACAAUCUCAGCUUUCAAUCCUUCCCCAAUCUACUAAAUCUUGACCUUUCUUACAACUCACUAUUUGGAACCAUCCCCUCAAAUAUUUCUCAGCUCUCUAAACUCUCUGUUCUUAACCUUACUGCUAAUCAAUUCAUCAAGAGGAUUCCAUUUGAAAUAGGCCAAUUGAAAAGCCUUCACAUCAUUGACCUUUCUAUGAACCAUAUGACUGGCCUUAUUCCUCAAGAAUUAGGAGAGUUAAGUUCUUUGAAUGAGCUUGAUUUAUCAUCAAACCUUCUCACUGGUGUCAUCCCGACUUCUCUUAAAAACUUAUGCAAUCUAACCAUUCUAUAUCUUUUUGAGAACCAACUUUCUGGUUCCAUCCCUCAAGAAUUAGGAAUGCUAAAUUCUUUGAGUGAACUUGCAUUAUCAUCAAACAAUCUCACGGGUGUCAUCCCUGCUUCUUUUGAGAACUUAAGAAAUCUAACCUCUCUAUAUCUUUAUGAUAACCAACUUUCUGGUUCCAUCCCUGCUUUUCUUGGAAACUUAAGCAAUCUUACCGUUCUAGAUAUCGGUAACAACAAGCUUUCGGGUUCCAUCCCUCAAGAAUUGGGAAUGCUAAGUUCUCUAAGUAAACUUGCGUUAUCAUCAAACAAUCUCACGGGUGUCAUCCCUGCUUCUUUUGAAAAUUUAAGCAACCUAACCACUCUAUAUCUUUAUGAAAACCAACUUUCUGGUUCCAUUCCUCAAGAAUUAGGAAUGCUAAGUUCUUUGAGUGACCUUGCGUUAUCAUCAAACAAUCUCACGGGUGUCAUCCCUGCUUCUUUUGGAAACUUAAGCGACCUAACCACUCUAUAUCUUUAUAAAAACCAACUUUCGGGCUCCAUCCCUCAGGAAUUGGGAAUGCUAAGUUCUUUGAGUGACCUUGCGUUAUCAUCAAACAAUCUCAUGGGUGUCAUCCCUGCUUCUCUUGGAAACUUAAGCAAUCUAACCACUCUAUAUCUUUCUGAGAACCAACUUUCAGGUUCCAUCCCUGCUUCUCUUGGAAACUUAAGCAAUCUAACCACUCUAUAUCUUUAUGAGAACCAACUUUCUGGUUCUAUCCCUCAAGAAUUAGGAAUGCUAAGUUAUUUGAGUGACCUUGAGUUAUUAGCAAACAAUCUCACAGGUGCAAUCCCAAUGUCAUUUGGAAACUUAAGCAAACUGAGUGUUCUAUAUCUUCAUAUGAACCAACUUUCAGGUUCCAUCCCUCGAGAAUUUGGAAUGAACAAUCUUACUCAAUUGAAGAAGUUCGAUUUAUUUGAAAACCAAUUCACUGGUCACUUACCAGACAAUGUGUGCCUUGGUGGAUUGCUUGAGCACUUCGCUGUAGGAGAGAAUCAUUUUAUUGGUUCAAUACCAAAAUCCUUGAGAAACUGCACCAGCCUAGUUAGAGCCCGACUUAAUAGAAAUCAGCUUACUGGAAAUCUAGGCGAAAGUUUUGGUGUAUACCCACAUUUAGAAUACAUGGAGUUGAGUAAUAACAAAUUUUAUGGUGAGCUUUCAAGGAAUUGGGGGAAAUGUCAAAAAUUGACAAGCCUAAAAGCCUCUAACAAUGAUAUUUCAGGUAGAAUAUCUCCUGAGCUUGGAGAUGCAACUCAAUUACAUGUGCUCGAUCUCUCAUCAAAUCAGCUAAAUGGGGAAAUCCCAAAGGAAUUAGGUAACUUGACACUUUUGAUAGACCUUUAUCUAGAUAAUAAUAAACUUUCUGGACAUAUUCCUAACAAUUUGGGAAUGCUAUCAAAUCUGGAGCAGCUAAAUCUUGCUAGAAAUAGUCUAAAUGGCCUAAUUCCCAAACUAGAGAAUUGUAAAAAAUUGUGGGUCUUGAAUUUGAGCAACAAUCACUUAAGCAAAUUUAUUCCGCUUCAAAUUAGCAAUUUUCACUUUCUCCAAGAUCUUGAUCUUAGCCAAAAUUUAAUAGCGGGAGAGAUACCACAACAACUUGGAGAUUUGAAAACAUUAGAAAUUUUGAAUCUUUCUCACAAUGCACUCUUUGGCUCUAUUCCAUCUAGUUUUGUUCAAAUGAUAAGCUUAAUAUCCGUUGAUUUGUCCUACAAUCAACUGAGCGGUCCUAUUCCGAAUACUAAAGCAUUUCGUGAGGCAUCAAUAGAAGCAUUUAGAAAUAAUAAGGGAUUGUGUGGCAAUGCCACUGGUUUGAAGGCUUGCCCCUCUAAAAUUAGCCACAAUCCCCAUGCCAAAAGGGGGAAUAAAUUUACUAAACUGAUCUUAGCCGUUUUGGGGCUUGUCUUCCUCAUAUUUAUCAUUUUUGGAAUUAUGUUAUAUGUUUGCUCAAGAAAGAAAAAGACAAAAAACAAUCUAGGAGAAGCAGAACAUCAAAAUAUGUUUUUAGUAUGGAGCUAUGAUGGGAAAAUGGUUUAUGAAAAUAUUAUUGAGGCAACAAAGGAUUUUGAUGACAAACAUUGUAUUGGUGUUGGGGGGCAUGGAGUUGUUUAUAAAGCUGUGUUGCCAACGGGUCAAGUUGUUGCUAUAAAGAAAUUCCAUCCACUCUCAGCAGACAGUGUGGUCAAUCUUAAAGCUUUCACUAGUGAGAUAUGUAGUCUAACUGAAAUAAGACAUCGCAACAUCGUCAAACUUUAUGGCUUUUGCUCACAUCGACGGCAUUUGCUUUUAGUUUAUGAGUUCUUGGAAGGUGGGAGCUUGGAAAAGAUACUAAAUAAUGAUGAAUUAGCACCAGAAUUUGAUUGGGCUAAGAGGCUAAAUGUUGUAAAAGGUGUGGCAAGUGCUUUGUCUUAUAUGCAUCAUGACUGCUCUCAUCCAAUAAUUCACCGUGACAUAUCAAGCAAGAAUGUUCUACUAGAUUCUAAAUAUGAAGCUCAUCUCUCUGACUUUGGCACAGCUAGGAUUAUGAGCUCUGACACUUCUUAUUGGACUUCUUUUGCUGGCACCAUUGGAUACACUGCUCCAGAAUGUGCAUACACAAUGGAAGUGAGUGAAAAGUGUGACGUUUAUAGCUUUGGUGUAGUCACAUUGGAAGUACUUAUGGGAAGGCAUCCGGGCAAUUUGAUCUCAUCAUUGCUAUCAUCAUCAUUUGCAUCAUCGUCCCAUGAUUUGCUACUAGAAGAUGUAUUGGAUGAACGUCUUGCGUAUCCUACAAAUCAAGAGUUGGAGAAGGUGGUUUUAGUGGCAAAGAUAGCGUUAACAUGCUUGCACACCAGUCCACAAUCUCGUCCAACCAUGCAACAAGUUUAUCAGAAGCUAUCAAAUUGGAAAUCUCCUUUCACAAAGCCGUUGUGCAUGAUCACGUUAAGAGAUCUCAUUGAUCUUGGCAAUCUCAAUUAAGCUUCAUAAGUGUUUACAUAUUCUCAUUCGUCGGCUUAGAUCGUGAAUCUCUACUCUCCUGUGAGGCCGUGACACUCAGCCACCCAUAUCAUCAGCAGCUUCAUUAUUCAUCUACUACUGCAAGAACGCCAUCUUCAACGUGUUAAAGUCUCCAUCUCACUGUCAGACCCUCCAUGCCUCUAGCCUAUCCAAUCAUGACGAAGCUCUAACACCCUAAAGGAAGUGGAGUUCUUUCUUUCUUCUACUUCUUCACUUUUGCGAUCCGAAAGUUCUCAAAGUGUGGGAAACCAGGUUGGUCAAAGUAAAUCAGAACAUUGUCUUCAAACUAUUCCUGAUAUGUUCAUGGUUUCCUUCUAUUUUAUUUAUAGUUCUUAUUGAUUAUGUUUAUUUGAGACUAUUUCUAUGUGAGAUGUCAACAUAUUAGAAGGUGAGAAGGGGAAAAGAUGGAGGCUUACUUUUUGCUUAUCAUGAUGUUCUCCAAAACCUGCCUUCUGUUUCAAAAAAACAUAAUUAUGAUUUUAGUAAUUUCUCUUUUUACUGUUCUGAAAUCCUUCCUAGUUGGCACUACACAUUUGUAUAAGGUUAUUAGGUUCUAGAGAAUUAGUUCUUCUCAAGAGACCCCAUCUGCCAUGCUGCAGGUAUCUUCACACUUGAUUUGAAUGGAAGCAAGCAUUUUCUGUUUCAGUUGGUAAUGUAUGAAUAUGCAGGGAAUCCAUUGGAAAGAAAUGAAAGAAACUCAAAAGAUAAGACAAAGGAAACAGGAGAAACUAAACUAUAAAGGGAAGCCUUAACUUAAAUAGGAGGCAUGGGAUGUGCUGAGCUCAAAUUACCAGCUUGCUUUGAUUAAGAUCCUUUUACAACCCAGUUAGUUUUCGCUACCAAGAUAUUUUUUUCCCUUUUUAUUAAGCUCAAAAAUUGUAACAUGUUAUACAACAGAUGUUUGGGGUGCAGCCCGUGCAGGUGAAAUAAGCCCAAGAAGAUUGGAAUAACAAAACAUAGUAACAUGCAAUUUGUAUCCAACAUCAUGAAUAAACACUUGCUAUACAAAAAUAAAAAUUGUAUGAAGCACAAGGCUUGACUUGGACAAGUUCUAAGGACACAAAACAAGUUCUAAGGACACAAACUUAAAUGCCCCAACUUUUUUGAUGAAAAGGGUGUAUAAUAUUUUCAAAAAAAAAAAAAGUCUGAAAUAUUCUCUUUGUCAUGUAUGUCUUAGAACUAAAAUAAUCUAAUUAGGUUAGUAGAACUCUCAAUUAAAUGCCGAGCAACUGGUAAUAUUUUGUUAAUUUACAAAAGGAUUUGAAGAAAAAAGAUUGUCCCAUCUUCAAAUGAAAUCUUCUACUUCUGUUGAUACUAGCCAUGAUUGUAGCUAGAAAUUCGUAAUAGGUUUGGUUAUUGUAUUCAAGUUUUUGGCCUUGUGGAGCUAUUCUUCUAUAGUAUUUUUUGUUCUAUUAGUUUUGUACAUAUGGUUUCUUGCUUACUACCUAAAGAAGCAUUCAUGGUAAAUUGUUAAUUUGCUUUCUUUUAUUUAUUUAUUUUAUUUUUUUGGUUGCUGUGAUGGUCAUAGCU